ACAGUACUGUCCUCAGCUCCAUCACGCUGUCCCCCCGAGCUGUCCCAAGAUGAAGCUUUUUAGCCGUCUUCCAGCUUGGGCGGACAUUAGCAGUGGCUCAGAAGCUGGUGGUCGACCCGGGAAACGUCGCAGGAGCGACAACCCUGAGACAGUUCUGAAUGUCUCCGAUAUCGUCCAACAUCCACAGCUCUGGUUUCCGGACGGAAACAUUGUCGUUGUAGCCCCAAACUACAUGGCAUACCGGCUGCACAAAGGCCUCCUCUCGCACCGUUCGGAGAUCUUCAGGGAUAUGCUCUCUGCGGACCAUAUCUUGGCAGACGAGAUGUGUGAAGGUUGUGAUGUUGUUCGCAUACAUGAUUCCUCAGAGGAUAUCCGUUGUUUCUUCGAAAUUCUUUACAGCGGCAGCUGUUUUUCUCGUAGUGAUGGUCAGGGUGAUGUCCCCGGGUUCUCUGCGUUGUGCAGUGUCUACCGCAUGUCGACCAAAUAUUUCGUCCAAGAUUUCAGGAAUGGCCUCGAACGUGAAUUUCUCGCGGUCUUUCCCUCCCAGCUUGAUCGCUAUUGCUCGUACGAUUGCGGAGGGUUUUUGAACCGUGUCAAUUGCCAUCCGAUCCUCGCCAUUACACUCGGAGAGUUCCUGCUUCCCGCGAUCCUCCCAGUUGCGUACUACGAAUGCGCGCUACGCGAUAUCAAAGAGACUUUGGAUGGCGUUUAUAUCGACGGGAAAUGUGUCUCCCUCUCGCUUCCUAACCAACGUACUGCACUCCUCUUUCGACAAGCGUACUACGAACACAAAUUCGCGCAAGCCAAGUUCGGACGUGAAUUUGCUUCAUGCAUGACAGCGAACGAGCGUAGCCGUUGUGGAUGUUAUAUGCGUGGAGACCAGCUCGCUACCACUGCGGAAGCGACCUUCUUCGACGUCCCAGGUUGCAACAUCCUCAGAGGAUCUGUCCUGACCGGACAGGUACCUGCAUCCCCUCCGUGUUCAGUGUGCCAAGCAGCGAUUAGCCGCAUCGAGACUCGACGUAGGGAGGCACUGUGGGCUCUCCUUCCAAAGUUUUGUGGUCGGGAGGGCUGGGAAGAGCUGCAGCGACAGCAUGGCGCUCGUGACGACGUUCAGGAUCCUCAGCCGGUGUAACGGUUUUUGGUUGUCUCAUGCAUGAUAUUCUUCGCAGUAUGGUUUCGGUUAUCGCGAUUGAAUAAUAAUGGGUUUAUGCCGG